AUGAACAACCAGUAUGUUCGUAUUGAAAUCCUUGCUCUGGAAACUUGUGAGCUGAAAAACUUCUGGGAAGAAAUGAUCCAAAAGCAAACUGAUGAACGACAUAAUGAAAUUGCUCGGCAACAAAGAAGUGCUUUGCAGAGGUAA